AGCAGCGACGACUGUCAGCACUGGGCUUUGGCACUUUCCUUCUCCGCUUGUUAGCAUUCGAACCACUAUAUUGUCUCUCUCACAUAUGAAUGUACUGCAUAUGACUGUGUAUGUUCACAGUGUGUAAGCACUUCUAGAGAGAAAGAGAGAGAAAUAGAGAGGGAUUGGGUAUUCAAAUUUCAGUCCUCUGUCCAUGGCCUGCAAUUCCAGAGAAGCUAUGCGUUAAGACAUUUAUCUGGUGGCUUUAUGGGGAUCUAGUGAGGUAAAGUUUCAACCUUUAUCAUGUUCUCAGUGGCUGUGUCAUAAUUUUCUCUUAUUAUUUCGCAACCUGUGAGUGGGGGGAUUAAAUAAAAAUAAAAAAAUAAAGAAAUAAAUAAAGAAAUUAGCUGCUUUUCGUGACACACGACCUUGGGGUGUGCCCUUUUGAUGAAGCAAAUGUUUCUCUCGAAUGUAAGAUUAAGUUUUGUGGCUCUGUGAUUUGUGGGUCGGUUGGAGAUUUUGCUGGAGUGGAAGGACUAAGGAGGAGGUUGAUUUUGCCAUUUUGGGUUGAUGAGACAAGAUGAUCUGUUCAAUGGGGGGAUUUAGGGAGCCAAGAUGGUUAUCUGAGCAGAAUUCUUGGGUUCAGUAUCAUAAAGAUGGAGUCUUGACAUACUCCCCUCCAGUUUCUGGUGUUUCUGGGAGUUUUCAGAGACAACCAAGCUCUCCUGCACCACCAUCUGGGAACAAGAUUAGCCCAGCAGUGCUGUUCAUUAUAGUCAUAUUGGCUGUCCUGUUUUUCAUAUCUGGUCUCCUGCACUUGCUGGUUAGGUUUCUUGUCAAGAACCCUUCUUCCUCGGCCGAGUUUGAUGGGAAUCCUGAGGCUUCCACCUCUGAUGCCCUGCAGAGACAGUUGCAGCAGCUCUUCCAUCUGCAUGACUCUGGUCUAGAUCAGGCGUUUAUCGAUGCCCUUCCCGUGUUCAUGUACAAAGAAAUUGUGGGUCCGAAAGAGCCCUUUGAUUGUGCAGUUUGUUUGGGUGAAUUUUUGGAGAACGAUAAGUUGAGAUUGCUUCCAACUUGUGGCCAUGCUUUUCAUAUAAACUGCAUUGAUACUUGGCUCCUAUCCAAUUCGACUUGUCCUCUUUGCAGGGGAGCCCUUUUCAAUGGUGGGUUUUCGAUAGAUAACCCCAUGUUUGAUUAUGAUGGACUAGGAGAAGAGGAUGGAUGUCCUCAGAACGGGGAGAAUGGGAAUUCUAUUAGUCAGAAAACAAGUGAUUUAAAGGAAAUUGUGGUAGAGAAGGGCAGUUUUCCAGUGAGACUUGGGAAGUUUCGUAAAUUAAAUAAUCUGACAGUUGAGUGGGAAGGGGAGACUAGCAGUAGUAACUUGGAUGCUAGAAGAUGCUAUUCGAUGGGCUCAUAUCAAUAUGUGGUUGGCGACACUAACCUCAGGGUAGCAUUGAACAGUCGAAGAAAUGCUGGUGAUGUGAAACGUGUGAAAUCAAGAGAUCAGGAUGCUGAAGGGGAUGGGAGAAGGAUAGGUAUUGGUGCAAAAACUGAUAGCUACUCGAUGUCAAAGAUUUGGCUAGGGAAAUUUGCAAGUUCGUCGGACUCCAAUGUGGAAGAUCCUCCUCGUUUUGAUAUGGUCUCGCAAUGGAUGAGUCGAGCAGAAGGCAAGUAAAGUUUUCUUCUGGUAUAUUUUUUAUUUUUGGUUCUUUUUUCCUUAAUACAGUUCAUUGACUCUUCGAUUGAAAGUUUUAAGCUGCUAAUUCAAGGAAAAAAAAUGGUAACCUCUUAUAACAUGGUAGAUCUGUAGUUGGGUCCAAUCUCAGUGUUAUUUGGUUCUUUUUGAAAUUUGGAUUCUAUCAAAUUGAGAAAUGUCUUGAAUUCCUACUUAAUUUAUAAUUAAUGUCUUGAUUAUCAUGGAA